AUGUCCCGCGGGGAGCUGACGUUUGUGGCGGGUGCUCCCAGGGCCAACCACACGGGGGCGGUAGUGCUGCUGAAGAAGGAUAAUGUGUACAGACUGGUGCCGCAACACAUUUUCUGGGGAGAGGAGCUGGCGUCUUCGUUCGGAUACUCAGUGACCACCACCGACCUGAACAAGGACGGAUGGACGGACCUAAUUGUCGGAGCUCCGAACUUCUUUGACCGUAAAGCCGAGAUCGGAGGUGCGGUUUACGUUUACCUGAAUCCAUUCGGUCACUGGGACGAUCACUCUCGCCCAAUCAGACUCAACGGAACGUAUGACUCCAUGUUUGGAAUGACCGUGAGCAACAUCGGAGACUUGGACCAGGACGGAUACGGAGAUAUUGCCGUUGGAGCUCCGUUUGACGGAGAUGGAAAAGUGUUCAUCUACAGGGGCUCUGAUUCUGGCAUCGAAACAAAACCAGCUCAAGUGCUGGACGGCCGUGACUUUGACGUGAGACGCUUUGGGUACUCCAUCUCUGGGGGUUUGGACGUGGACCACAACCACUACCCAGACCUCGCCGUGGGCUCUCUGAACGACUCUCUGGUCCUCUUCAGGUCUCGUCCCGUCAUCCACGUGGCUCGAGAACUCGUCAUUGACCCUCAAUACAUCGACCUGGGUCAACAGAACUGCAAGGGCCGCAACGGGGUCUGCGUGGACGUGAAGGCUUGCUUCCUGUUUACAGCUCACCCAGAGCACUACAACCCCCACAUCACUCUCGUGGUGCAUUUUGAGGCUGACACGGAGCGGAGGAAGUUGGGGCUCCCGCACAGAGUGAAUUUCCUGGGUCGGAGUUCACUGGAGGCGGAGUUCACGCAGACGGAGGAGGUGGAGAUGAGCCGACAGCGCCACCACGUGUGCACCACCGCCACCUUCCAGCUGCACGAGAACCUUCGAGACAAACUGCGGCCGAUCUCGUUGGCGAUCACUCACACCAUCAAACCAGUGCCGCCGCGACGGAACUCCGGAAACAAGAGACUGGAGAAGCUUCCUCCUGUCCUGAACGUGUCUCCCUCCAACACACUGCACUCUGAGAUAAACUUUCUGCGUGAAGGCUGUGGCAGCGACCGGAUCUGUCAGAGCAACCUGAGGCUCAGCUACCAGUUUGGAACACGACCUCUGACCUCCGACCUCUUCACGCCUUUGCCACGCGAUGAAGAGGAGGUGCAGGUCUUCUCUCUCUCGGACCAGCGGCUCGUCGUUCUGGAGCUGACGGUCACGAACCUCCCGUCUGACGCUCUGAACCCGGAGGAGGACGGAGACGAUGCUCACGCCACACAGCUCCUCAUCACGCUGCCGGACACUCUGUCGUAUGCCGGCUCCAGACUGCCCCCUCAGAUUCGCUGCCAGGCCAAUCAGAACGGCUCUCAGGUGGAGUGUGACCUGGGAAAUCCUGUCAAAAGAAACAGCCAGAUGAAAUUCUCCUUCAGUUUGAGCACAGCCAACAUCACCAUAGAGACCACACAGCUCACGGCUGAUCUGCUCCUUUCCACCAUCAGUGAACAGUCGGACUUGGUGCCAGUAACUGCUUUGGCCAAAGUGGUGAUAGAGCUCCCUCUGUCUGUGAGUGGCGUGGUGAACCCGCACCAGCUCUUCUUCAGUGGACCAGUGAGAGGGGAGAGUGCCAUGAGCAGUCUGGAGGAGAUUGGCAGCCCUGUGGAAUUUGAGUUUGUGGUCCUGAACCCUGGCCAGCCCUUACAGACUCUGGGCUCAGCGUUCCUCAACAUCAUGUUUCCUCAUGAACUGUCCAAUGGGAAGUGGUUACUGUACCCGUCCAGUCUGAAGUUUGAGGGACAGCAGUGCAGCGGGAGAGGAGCCGUGAACCCCCUGCAGCUCCCCGCCUCAGCACAACCUCAGCCCCAACCUCAGCCCCAACCUCAGCCCCAAGACAACAAGGUGGGGAGGACUCGGCGCUCUCACCCAGAGGACGGGGGAGAAGUGAGGGUGAAAGGGAACGGGGCCAGAACCACUCCGGCUGUGGCGGCUUCAGAGCGACGCAAGUCUCUGAAACUGGAUUGCCUGCUGGGUUCUGCUCGCUGCGUGCUGUUCCAGUGUCCGCUGCACAGUUUCUCCGGUCAGGCAGUGGUCAAGAUCCAGGCUCAACUCUGGGACGCCAGCUUUGUUGAGGAGUUCCCGUCUGCGAGUGCUCUGGAGGUGAUGGUCAGAGCGAACAUCACCGUCAAAUCCAGCAUCAAACAUUUGGUGCUGAGAGACGCCGCCGCUCAGAUCCCGGUGAUGGUCUACCCGGAGCCCGGCCUCUCGGACCAGUAUUGGAUCCCCUGGUGGAUCAUCCUCAUCGCGGUGUUGGCCGGGAUCCUGCUGCUCACGCUGCUCGUCUGCCUCCUCUGGAAGUGUGGCUUCUUCAAACGCAGUGAGCCUCGUCCACACUAUGAGACGGAUCCUAUGGCCUGCUCCCCCCUCCUCCCCCUGCGAACGUGUGGAUUCUUCCGUCGAGCACCGUACAAAGACAAGUUGCCUCAGUAUCACGCGGUGAAGAUCCCCCGCCAGGACCGACCGCAGUUCCAGACCGACCAAUCAGGAGCAGGUGUCCACAAGAAGGACUGGGCCACGCACUGGACCGACGGGACUUUGUAA